GACAUGGUCGAGGCAAUCGUGUUGCACCGACUUGUCGAAAAGGGCCAAACUUGGUUAUUCGGGCGUAGUAACAACGUUUACCAGCUUUACCGAGAGGCACACAUGCCGAGUUUCGAAAACCAGAACAUUGCCGUUCCCCCGGACUUGUUGAAAAUGCAACUAAGGGCCAAGAGGCCGAUCGGAUGCUUUACGACAUCGAAGAGUAAGCGGAUUCCAGAAACCAGAGUCGGAAGACGUGAUUGGAGGACCAAUGACUUUGGGGCUAUUGCCGCCGUUGUGACUUGUGCUGAACUUCUGAUGUGGUGGUCACGCUACAGCUUGAACCGAACAGUCCGUCUCAUCGAGCUCAAUUCCAUGUAUUGCGCCAAAGUGGGAUUCGAGCAACAACAGCAAUGUUGAUGACUGAGAUCCGUCAUGUCAGACUGAGAGCAUUGGGCCCAAGCAAUAUGAAAGAUGUACCAGGUGUUGUUAGAUAAGAGAGAGUUCGAGAAUUGGUAGACGUGGGUUCCAUGCCACCCGCUUCCCUAGCUUAUGGCCCAUAUAAGCAGUUCGAGGGCUAUCCAAGUAAACACGAAGAGAGCCAGAGGGGCCGAACAGAUUCACUGUGAUUUCGCUGCAAAUGUUGUGAAGUCCGCGGCCUCUCUCACUGUGAACCCACUUCGCCCACUGCGGACACGGGCCUGGAGCUUGGGCCGUGCCUUCUUUGUGAUCCAAUCAGAUACCAGGAUGCCGCACGCAAUGUAAACAAACGAGCCCCUCCAACAAAAUCCCCGUCGCGCUCUACGUACCCGAGCCCCAUCCAUACUUGCCUGACAUCAUCCAUCAACCUUUCCUCCUUCUAACCAGGGCCUCGCUGGAUCGGCCUUGUUCGUUUUGCUUCGCAUUCUAUUCUGAUUUCCAGGACUUUUAACAUACGAAACCGAAGUCACGCAAGACCGGCCACCAAGAUGUCGCCACCCCGCCGCCGUUCGGCCCGGUUGGCCAGCGCGAGCACGCCCAAGCCGAAGCCCAAGUAUACUCUGGCCUCCGUUGCCGAACGCGAUGACACUCCUCCCUCUAGCAAGGUUGCCGAAAGUCUGAAUGCCCUCGCCGUUCCGAAUCACGAUCCUGCCACGCCUUCCUCGUCCUCGAACUUGAAGGCGCCAUUGUCUGAAAUGCACCCGAGCAAGGUUCACCCUACCGUUGCACCUCCCUCGGCUACCUGGCUUGGCUUCAGAGACAUGAAGCCCUCCGACAUGAAUGCCGACCCUCAGGCGACGCCGUCCAAGACUACGGGCGUGCCCGAGUCGCCCUUCACCUUCCGCGUUGCACAGCCUGCUAGCGACACGGGCCUGAGUAGCGAUGCCCAGCAGAUGAUGAACGAGCUGCGCGAGGAAGCGGCCAGAAUCAAGACCGAGCUGCUUGCCAAGCGUGAGUUGGAGAGACAAGAUGAAGAAAUCAACGGACGCAGAAUUGCCACGGCCAGGGGCAAGUCGGGUCGCUUCAGCGGCGCCCACAUGGCCGAGUUCAAGAAGAUGGACUCCAUCGAAGGCCAUCCCUCAUCCUUCCGAGCCCAGCCUGGCCGAGUCACCCCACUCAAGAGUUCUUUGAAGCGCUCUCAGUCCAAGGCCAACCUCGACGACACACCUACUCAACCCAGGUCUGGCCUGAAGCGGUCUCCCUCCAAGGUCGACUUAGAUGACACGCCUACUCAUCCCAAGUCCAGCCUGAAGCGGCUUCCCUCCAAGGUCAACCUGGAGAACACUCCAAGCCAGCCUAAGUCAAGCCUCAAGCGAUCUCCUUCCAAGGCAAACCUGGAUGACACUCCUACCCAUCCAAAGUCAAUCCUCAAGCAGCCUUCUAAGCUCAACUUGGGCAUACCCGGAACACCCAGCCAGCAAAAGUCGAGCCUCAAGCGAUCUCCGUCCAAGGCUAACCUGGACGACACGGACUCCAGCGACUCCAAAAAAGCUUCCUUUGGUUCUCGGCCCAGGGCUCGUCUCUUCGCCCUUAUCGAGCCUCCCUCUUCCGUCAAGCGAGUGCGACAGCGCUUCGAGGACGACGCCUCCACGGCUCGACCGGUUUCCCGGGAUGGCAGCUCUCUGCCGCGUCCCAAGUCGAGCGAAAAUGACGCGCCUGCCGGUCUUCGAUCUCAACCAAGCCUGGCAUCCCUAACGAGUCCCACCUCUUCGUCGCUGGCUCGCGCUGCCGGCAGCAAAAUGCCUCUCCCUGGGACGCUGACCAAGUCAGCUAGCAAGCCCGACUUGGGAAGUCUUGUCAAGUCACCCUCGAAGCCUGAACUUGGAAAUCUCAAGAAGUCGCCUUCCAAGCCCGAACUGGGUGGUCUCACAAAGUCUGUCACAACCAACAACCUCGCUGCGUUUGAGAAGACGGCCGAGCUGAAACGCCGGAUUGUGAGCCCAGGUCGAUUUGAAAGAGUCAAGUCGAUCCUGCGCGGCGGCAAGGGGGCUUUGGACAAGACGAAGAGUGCCAUUCCCAAACCCGCUUCUGGCGUCUCCCAAACCCCCGCACCGCAAGUUGCAGAGAAAGCACCGCAAGCCGUUCCGUUCACCACGCCGCGCAGGAAGCUAUUUAAGAGAGUUGAUUUCACGCCGGACACUGGUCGGACCGCCAUCGCCGCUCCUAACACGGUCGCGCACCGGGCUUUUGCCAGCCUAAAUCCUCUCCACAAGCAGGAGGAGGUUCAAUACCCAAGCCUCGAUGCCAUGCUUGGAAACGUGACCCAUCGGAAAGAGGACGACGGUCUCUAUCCCGACUUGAGCGUCGGCAGCCCGUCCGAAAAGGCGAGCGAGAAGGUCACUGGCAACGCAACUGAGGGCAACAACGAGCUGCCCCCAACCAUUCCUGGCACGUUCACUUUCCGCAGCGACCACACGAUUCGGUUUGGUAGCGCCUCGCCCACUAGUUUCGGAUCGUCUGCUGGACAGGCUAGCGUCCGCCAUGUGCGGACUUCACUGGACAUGCCGGGUAACUUCCCGACCGGCACUGAGUUCGGUUCCAACAAGGAGAACAGGUCACCCAUGCAACUCCUUGCUGGCAAGCCCCACGGCAUGCCCAACAAGAAGCGCGCUCGCGCUCGUGAAGAAGAAGGAGAUCUCGAGGAGAACACGGCUGAGAGAGCCGGAAAACGACGAAAGGCUGAGCCAGUGCCCGAAGGAGAUGCUCUCCUCGCUCCCAGGUUGACGGGAGCGACCCCACGCACUGUGAGUAAGAAGACUCAGGGUUUUCGGGCUAUCCAGUCGCCGAGCCCAGCGAAGCGAGCCGGUAUGAGCCUGAGUCGGCUCAACAUGCUUGCGAAGCCGAAGAUGCGACGUUGAACAGUCUACGAAAAUGAUGGCUCGACAGGAUGAUGAAGCCACAUGUUGCUUCGCUCUGCGAUGCCAGGUUUUGAAACUGCUGCCCUGUAUAACAUGACGACGAAGGCGGAUUUCUGGAGAGUUGGCCGCACGCAGUCAGUACAUCGGAUAAAAUUAACUGAUGACCGUCGGCAGUAUGUGGUAGCAGGAUGGGUAUAUGACAGGCGUAAAUAUGAUUUCUUGCCUUGGCGGAUGGAUUGAAUAGCUUGGGCCACGGGGGGGUUGCAUGGGGAAAGAAAGGGUUUGGUCCUGGCGUCGUGUUUUCUUUACUCUGUACAAUAUCGAUGGAAGUCGGCAAACGGUCUGUCCUUGUUUAGGUCUCUGUCAGGUUCUUAGCUCAUCUGAGCUUUUAGGUCUUCAAAAGUUGCAUGUCAACAACAUAC